AUGAGGUUAAGAAGCCACGUGCCGCUGGCGCGCCAAGUGGAGAUCCCGCGCGCGACGCCGGUGGGCGCUGCGUUCCUGCGUGUGCGCGCGACGGACGCGGACGAGUGCUCGUACAACGCCGAGGUGUACUACGCGCUGGUGUCGCGCAGCCCGCUCGUGGCGCUGCAGCGGCGCGACGGCGCGGGCCUCGUGGCGCUGCAGGCGGCGCUCGAGCCGCGCUACAAGCAGCUCAGCUUCACCGUCCUCGCCUACGACGGCGGCUCACCCCGCCGCAAGUCUUAUGCCAAGUGCCACGUCACCAUCAAGAACCUCGACGCUCCGGAGGCUCCUGAAGCUGUUAUAACAGGAAACUCGUGGGCCAUGAUUUGCUGGAACGUUCCAAAAACUGGUUCUCCACUGGGCUACUUUGUCAAUCUGAAAUCAUUGACUGAACAAGACGGCAAUUACACUGAGAAGAACUACAACUUCACUGUUCGAGAGACGGCGAAGAACAGAAGCAGAUCGUGCGCGGCGUUCCCGGAGCUGGAGACGUCGGCCGACUACGAAUUCACUGUGACCGCCUGGAAUGAUGAGGAGACUGGCAUCACCAGCGCCCCUGUCACCUUCAACACUCGUGUCAACCGCACGUGCUCGAGCACCGCCAACAAUGGGUACGAGUGCAGCUGCGUGGAAGGCUUCUACGGGGAAGACUGCGAGUCGUACAACCCGUGCGUGACCUCCAGCGCGCUUUGUCUCCACGGAGGAACCUGUCGCAGCAACUCCAGUGGCACGUACCUGUGUUCCUGCUCGGAAGGAUACUUCGGGAUGAAUUGCGAGCACUUCAACCCAUGUUCCAGUUCGCCAUGCCAGCACGGUUCUGUCUGCGUCAAUAUUGACAACUCCAAGUACAAAUGUAACUGCGUUUCUGGAUACACUGGAGAGCACUGUGAGACUGUCUUCGACGAGUGCGAAUCUCAGCCCUGCCAGAACGGUGGACUGUGCUCUGACGAAUUCGGUUCCUUUCUUUGUACAUGCUCUGUGGGUUUCACAGGAAAACUAUGCGAGCUGGAUAUUGAUGAGUGCACUUUGAGCCCCUGCCUGAACGGAGGAUGUUGCUCAAAUUCUGUUGGAAGCUAUUCGUGCGCAUGUCGCCCAGGCUUCGAAGGGAAAUCCUGCGAAGUAAAUAUUAAUGAAUGUUCGUCCAGCCCCUGCAGUGACAACGGCCUCUGCGUGGACGGCGCUAACAACUUCACGUGCAGCUGCUACGACGGAUUUGAAGGAGAGUUCUGCGAGAAAGAAACUGACGAAUGUGUGUCAAAUAUUUGCUAUAAUGGAGGAACUUGCCAAGAUGAUACCAAUGACUACCACUGCCUCUGCCCACCUGGUUAUUCAGGGAAGAACUGUGAAACUGACAUAGAUUUUUGUGCCUCUUCCCCGUGCAAGAAUGACGCACGUUGCUUGGACGAGGCUAAUGGGUUCAGCUGCAUCUGCGAAGAGGGAUACCACGGGGAUCUAUGCCAAUUUAAAGUUCAGUGCCCAAACGACACGCUGCGAACCGAGAAAGGAACUUUCGUUUGGGAUUCCAUCGAUCACGGUAUGGUGGCGAGGCAAGAGUGUCCGUACGGUGCAGAUGAGAAGCUCUCUCUCGACGCAGAUGACGAAAUUUCGAAGUAUGUAAGUGAUCUGAAAUGGAAAGCGUUGACGGGCACAAGUAUGCAGGCCACAGACGACAACGUGACGGCAGAAAACCUGCAGGUGGAAGGCGAGAUAGCGUACGCGGUGCGGCGCUGUGUGCUGCGGCCAGAUGGCAGCGUCGCCUGGACGCCCAUGCUGCAUGCCGCCUGCCGCCGAGAGGAGAUCACUUCCGCUCUUCAAAUGAUUGGUUAUCUCCAGAAUAUCACAAAAGAGCCACAUCACAUAGAUGGUGAAGUUUUCUGUAAGGCAGCAGCAGAAAUCCAGAAAGUUCUGGUGUUCGCACUGAGGAACAGAAAGAUUGCAGAGAGCAUGGUGUUGGUGAUCAGCAACCUCAUGAAUGUGAACGAAAGCGUCCUUCAAACGGCAGACGCUAAUGGGACAGUGUCACAGAGUAUAGUGAAGCUCGUAGAUAAGUACACCAGUUACGCACUUCUUGGUCAGCACGACAGGAUUGCUAUUACAACCGACAACAUGAUAGUCAAUGUACUCGACGUGGGAUUACAAACGACGAGCCAAAUUCACAAUGUCUCAUUCGUCUUCACAUCGUCAGCUGCCACCAGCCCAACAUUAUACAGUGACGCCAACGCCACCAGUUCUGAAAUAUUCCUGCACGUCCCAACAGAAGCUGUGUUGGUGGCCGCUCGCUAUAUGCGCAGUAGAGUCAGAGCUCGAUUUGUCUGUUACAAGAAUGGUAAAUUUUUUCGACCUCUGGGGUUUUACAACGUUUCUAGUAAUGAAACAACACCCAAAUUGAGAUUCGCGACAGAAGAGCCAGUGAUGUCAGUAACCAUCUCCAAUGUAAGCGUUGGGAACCUCAGUGAAGUCCUGACUUACAGUGUACCCAAUAUCUUCGGAGACACAAAGCAGAUAUGUGCCUAUUGGGAAACGAACAGUUACGAAUGGCUGACUUAUGGUCUAAAGACAAACCAGACUGAAAGCAGGAUAAUUUGUGAAUCGGACCACAUGACUCACUUCUCGAUCCUUCUGGAUCCCGGAUCAGACUACGGCGUAUCGGAGGAGCACAAGUAUACACUAAGCAUCAUCAGUUACGUUGGCUCCUUCUGCAGCAUCUUCGGUCUCACUUUGACAAUCGUUACCUACGCUACAUUCAGGUCUCUGAACCGCGACAGAUCGGGGAAGAUACUGCUGAACUUGUGCGUCUCACUGCUGCUGAUGAAUUUAUCCUUUCUGCUGGUGAUGGUGAAGAACAACGUCCAUUUGGUGGAUGUGUGCAUACUGGUGGCAAUCUUAACGCACUACUUUGUCCUCACAUCUCUGGCCUGGAUGUUGGUCGAAGCUGUUAACAUGUAUCAGUUGCUUAUCACAGUUUUCGCUACGUCUGAGAUUCGAUUCAUGCUCAAAAGAAUGAUCUUCGCCUGGGGUGUGCCGCUGAUUAUCGUGGCGUCAACAGCCACGUAUGACAUUGGUUACUACAAUUCAACUUCUGAGUACUGUAUGCUGAACAAAAAUGAACCAUAUGUUUACUACAUCACAUAUCUGGGGCCGUCGUGCAUAAUGCUGGCGGUGAAUUGUGUGGUAUUUGUGCUGGUAUCCAGAGUUCUGUUCCAGAAACAUUUGGCUGGGAAGGUGGAAGAAAGACCCGAAAACACCGUCUCCAUGUCACAGGUUCGAGGUGCAUUUGCUGUCAUGACUUUACUAGGAGUGACAUGGGUAUUUGGAGCAUUUGCUUUUGGUAGUACAGAACUUGUAUUUCAGUACUUGUUUUGCAUAUCAAAUUCUCUGCAAGGAUUCAUCAUAUUUAUUGUAAGAUGUGUACAGUAUUCACAAGCAAGGCUUGCUUGGGCUGCAUGCAUCAGAAGGAAACAAAUUAAGGAAUUCCGUGGAGCUGUACCAUCUUCAUUCAUAGGGAAUUCACACUCACUGAACACUGUUUCAUCAAGCAUUUGCUCUCAGUCGACACACAAAGUUAACUUAGAUAAAGAAAAUAAUUCCAAUGAUGGUGGUAACAGUUUGAUAUGGGGAAAACCUCUUUCAAAAGACUCCCACAGUAAAUCUCGAGGUCAGUCUUAUUCAUCUUGGAAAUUUCAAAAUGUAUUUAACACUUCUUCAGAAUCAGAUGAUACAUUUAAAUGUGCUGCCAAUUUUAUUGAACUACAAGAUCCACAUAUUGUAUCAGCAACUUCAAAUAACAGUAAUAGUAUCUCAGGCACUUUGAAAAAGGAGUUGGAAAAGACCCUCGUGAAUAGACCAACCAUUUGUAGAACGCAAAGUAUGCAUGUGAAAAGCCAGAGUUUUUCAAAUGAUUUAAGUAGUUUCAAACGAGGAAAUAGCAUACAUUGUUCUCUGCAGCUAUAUAGCAAAGCACCAUUUCAUAUGACUUACACAGAAAGCCAAGAUACACUCACUGCAAAAGAAGGUGAAGACACAUCUUGGCAGUUCAUGAGAACACAGCCAAAGCUUAAAUCACAUGAAAUAACAACAAUGACUGUCCGUAAAGAAACUCCUUUAGCUGAGGGAGAUUCUCCUGUCACAGUGCACACAAGCUCAAAUCUUAAAGAAGAAACAUUUAUCAAAACUGUCAGUCAUUCAGAUCAAGGUUAUAUUUCUGGAAUUUGUACAACUGAACAUUCACCAGAUAGCCCUUGUCAGAAACCUCACCAAAUUCACUGUGCUAAAAAGUAUUUAUGUGAGACAGACUCAAGGCUGACUGUAUCAACACCGGAUCACAUAUCAACCAAUUCAAGUGCAAGUAAUAAAAAUGGAUCAUAUCAUGACCCAUGUACUGAAGUUAGAAAUCUUAUAACAAAAAGUGAUGGAAACAUUUUGCCCCCAAAGAAUCUGGUACAAAAAUUAGAGAGGGAGAAAAUAAUUUCUCAUACAUUUAUAGUUAUUAAUGGCCAAAAAAUUUACACAAACAACCCUUCUGUUAGACUAAAUGCUGAGCAAGUUGUUGAUGGAAAGAAAAUUGAUGUUCAGUGUGUUAAUAAUAGUCAGAUUCCCCCAAUACUUAAUAAGGAUUCAGGUGAAAUAAAAAAUAGACUCUAUGGUGGUACCAUAGCAACCAAAGAGACUCCCACUUUAACUGAAAACACUAAUUUAGAGACAAAAAACUCUAGCAAAAAUAUUGUCUCAAAAGAUAUGCCUGCUUACAAAGAUUUGAAAGACAUUCAGUUAACAACUACUAGAAGUAAAAAGUGAAAGAGAGUCACAGAACACAAAGUAUUAUGAAUCUUUGUUUUUGACUUCCAGUGUGAUAGACAUUAAUUUAUUUGUAUAGUGUUAAGUCUGCGAACAAAUGCUUUUACAACAAAAAUGAAAAGUUUUCCUUUAUUAAAAGAAACAUCACUAUACCUGACAAAAGUGCAAAAGAAACUAUUUGUACUGUGAAUGUCUACAAGAAAAAGAGAAGCAUUUGAGAUUGAACAUGUUUAGAGAUGCGUAUAUGUAAAUAUUUCUGUUUGUAACUUUAUAGGUAAAUCUGUUGCCUACAACUAUAAGUCACAGGACACCUAUCAAACUGUUUUCGUGGAUCAUUUCAUGAGUGAAGAAGACAAUUUUCUCUCUUAUUCUGACUGCUAUCACACUUAUAUUACUUUCUUCUUCUUCAAAACCAGUAUUUGCUCAACAGCUGUGCAUUGUCUACAUUGUCCAACAUUUCAACAUAAUGAGAUGAAAAAUGUUUUUCAGUUACAAAUAAAAGUCAGAUUUAAAAUUAAGAUUCACACUAGUUUGAGGAUAUAUUUUCAAUUGAAAAUUUUUCCAUUCCUCAUAUGAAACAACUCAUCAUUCACAAAAUAGAGAGAUAGGUGACAAAAAAAUUCACUUGCAGUAUACUACAACACUAAGUAGUAUGCUUAAUCAUUUCAAAAAUUUUGCUCAAAUGGGAA